CUUAUGCAAUGCAUCAUCAAUAAAUAUUUGAUUGAUUAGAUAGGUUCAAAAAAAAAAACAUCUUAGUCUUUGGUUAAUUAGUUUGCUCUUCUUUGUUUUCAAGUGAAUUGCCAAAAUGGUGAAGAUAACUCUUGGUACCUUUGAUGACUCUUUUAGCAUUGCCUCACUUAAGGCUUAUCUAUCAGAAUUUCUUGCCACUUUGAUUUUUGUGUUUGCUGGAGUUGGAUCAGCCAUUGCUUACAAUGAUCUAACAUCAGAUGCAGCUCUGGAUCCAGCUGGUCUAGUGGCAGUAGCUGUGGCUCAUGCAUUUGCACUAUUUGUUGGUGUGUCCAUAGCAGCCAACAUCUCAGGUGGACAUUUGAACCCUGCUGUCACUUUUGGAUUAGCUAUUGGAGGCAACAUCACCAUCCUAACUGGUCUCUUCUAUUGGAUCGCCCAAUUACUUGGUGCCAUCCUUGCAUCUGUCCUUCUCAGCUUCGUCACCGGGAAGAGUGUUCCAACCCAUGGAGUUGCUGCUGGAUUGAAUCCUAUUGCAGGAUUAGUGUUUGAGGUUAUUAUAACAUUUGGGUUGGUUUACACUGUUUAUGCCACAGCAGCUGACCCUAAAAAGGGUUCAUUGGGUACCAUUGCACCUAUUGCUAUUGGGUUCAUUGUGGGUGCCAACAUCUUAGUGGCCGGUCCAUUCAGUGGCGGUUCAAUGAACCCAGCUCGAUCAUUCGGUCCAGCUGUGGUUAGUGGAAACUUUGCUGAUAACUGGAUCUACUGGGUUGGACCACUGAUAGGAGGAGGCUUGGCUGGGUUGAUUUAUGGUGACAUCUUCAUUGGUUCAUAUGCUCCAGCACCAGCAACUGAAACAUACCCUUAAAAAUGAACCGCUGUUGUUGGGUCCUUUCAAGAUUAAACUUUGUUCACUGUUUGCAUGAUAUCUUGAACCUCUUGGCUUUUUUUUUUUCUUUCAAAAUUGAAAAUUGUAACGUUUAUUCUCUAUCCACUGCUUGUAAUAAAUUUGUAAAUUAUUAAGUAUGAAUGAAGUUUUCUUUGUUUUGAUCUGAAAUAAUGUUAUAUU